CUGAGGAUUAUGAAUGGUUCAACAUGGAUGCUGAGACCGCAAAGAAGGUUAUGGAAACCAGAAAUCAAGUUGAUGCCUCUCCUGAUGUGCAACAACCGGUUUCAGCAGGUCCUACCUUCGACAACACACCUAAGCUUGCAAGGCAGAACAACAACUCAAAGCUCCCAAUGCAAUAUGAAGCAUCGGUUCCUUGUUUUGACACUGAUCCAGAGCUUCAUAUGUCAACUGACACCCGGGGACCCACAUACGAUGCAUCUCCAGUUGCAUUCACAGCUCCAUCUGUAUCUACAGUGCUAGUGCAAUAGGGUCGACCAGAAGCAAAGUUUCAUUGGCCAGGUGAGAAGACUGUCGAGGCAAGCAGCGGUCUUGUGAAGAAGGCAGUUAAGAAAAGAAAGGCCCAGCCCCCUGAUGGUGUUCCAAAGAUGAAGAAGAUUAGGAUUGAUCGGAAAGAGGAUGCACUGUACCAGCAGUACGUAAUGAGCAGGUACAAGAUACCGAAAGCAAAGAAAGACCAAACAAUUCCUGAUUUCAUUGAAAUAGAGGGUUUUCACACGUCACUUCAGAACUUCCAUGCUUCUUUAAAGCCACGUGCUGAUCUGGACAGCGAGGUAAUGACACUCUAUCUAAAGACUUUCAACUUGGAGCAGAUGUACAACAAGAAGAAGCCGAAGAAGUUUGCAUUCUCGGUGUUUAUGGGGAGUCAAUUGGGUGUGGACCCUGACUUGUUUGAUCACAAGAGUUGUGAAAGAGAGUUCAGAAGGGCUUGUGAGAAUAACCAGAUUUCAAGAUGCGACUUACUUUUCAUUACUAUCGUUCAGAACAAGCAUUGGGCUGUAGUUGUUGUUAACUUGUCACACAAUCAGUUCAAUGUUUUCGAUUCCGUCAAGACAAUCAUGGAUGUUUCAUUGUUGCAUAAGGCAACAAACAAUGUGAUCACAAACAUAAAGCAAGUUGUCACUACUGAAUCUGCGUUCAAGAUUGAUCUCAACGGCUUUGAGAAGGUCACCCAAGCUUACCCAAAGCAAUCAACACACUAUAAUUGUGGCUUCCAUGCAAUUCUUUACUUGGAAAACUUCGAUGGUGUUGUCAUGAAACAUUUCGAUGAGAGUUGUAUCGCCAACCUCCGGAAACGCAUUGCAGCAGAUCUUUUGAAGCAUCCCAGUAACACUUUGGACCCUGCAGAGCAGUUGAAGAAGCUGCUGGAACUUUGAUUGAAUACCUCUUUUCGUCGUCAACAUCAAGGAUGGAGGUGGAGAUUUGUCUUUUCUGGUGCGGUCACUGAAGUGGCGUGGUCUUCAUUGGGAGCCGGACUGUAGUUUUACAUUUGUGUUGUAAUGAAAGAUGUAACUUUCUUGUGCUACCCCAGUGUCUUUUCGGAACGAUGCAACUCCAUGUUGGAAAUGAUCUUUUGUAUGUUA